AGUACCGCCCUGACCGUGUGAGGGGAAGGUUGCGUUGCGCGCCGCUGCCAACCGGUCGCUGGAAGGCAGAUGCGGCCGCGGGCGAGGGAGGCUCCGCGUCUGUUGGAAGCGGUCUGAAGAUUUACCUUCGCGAUGAUCCCCGAGAGAGAGGAAGGGGCAGCUGUGAGCUCGGUUACGGAGCCACAAAGACCCGAUUACCCGACCUCGCUCGACGUGGGCGUGUGCGCGGGGCAGAGGGCGGCGUCCGUCGGGUGGCGCGGCUGGGCGAAGGGGAUCACCUACGUCCUCCUGUGGUACGGCUCCAUCGUGAUGGGGUUCUUCUCGCUGUACUGCCCGGUGUUGCCCCUGCUGCUCAUACACCGGCCCACUUACCGCCGCGCCACAGAAGUCAUCUUUACCACUUGGGAGAGCUUUGCUGUGGCCCUCAUGGAAGUCUUCUACGGGGUCCGGUUCUACCUGUCCGGCGACGCCAUCCGCCCGGGGGAGCGCUCCCUCAUCAUCCUGAACCACAGGAACCGCCUGGACUGGAACUUCUUCUGGGGCGCCCUGGCUCACGCCGCCUCGCCCCCCGCCCACAACUGCAAGAUCGUCCUCAAGUCGGGCAUCAGGAAGUUCCCGGCCCUCGGGUGGAUCAUGCAGAUGUCUUGCUUCCUGUACAUCCGGCGGCGCUGGGAGGACGACCAGAGGCUCAUGGCCAACGUCCUCGACUACUUCAAGGACAUCAGGCACACGUUCCAGGUCCUCCUGUUUCCCGAGGGCACCAACCUGACCAAGGAGACGAAGGAGAAGAGCGAGAUGUACGCCAAGAAGGCCGGCCUGCAGCCCUUCCAGCACGUCCUCAUCCCGCGCACCACGGGAUUCACCUACCUCGUCAACAAGAUGCGCUCAGGAGAGCAGCUGGACGCCGUGUACGACGUGACCGUGGCAUACCCCAAGACCCUUCCUCAGACGGAGCUGGACGUCCUGAAGGGCCGCUUACCCGAGGAGGUCCACUUCCACAUCAAGAGGCACCACGCUAGCUCCCUUCCGAGCACUGACGAAGGGCUGAAAGCUUGGCUGAUGACCGCGUGGACUGAGAAGGACGAGUUGCUCCGGACGGCCCUGGGUCAAGGCCACUUCCCGGGCUGCAGCACGGCGACCCCGCACCCGCCCGUCAACGCCUCCUACUUGUCCAUUCUCUUCUGGAUGCCCCUAACCAUUGGCACAGCGUAUCUGAUCGGCACCUGGUGGGUGGCGCGGUGGUGGUGCUUCGUCCACUCCGUGUUCUUCGGCCUCGUCUCGUGGAGGACGGACGGCCUGCAGCACCUCGAAGUGUGGAUGUACCGAAGGCAGCGUCAGCAAGUGAAGGAGGAAUAGGGAUAUUUUUUCAGAAACAGAAAUAUAUGUUUUAUUGAGGAAGUAAAGAUUUUUCAUUAUCUU